AUGUGGCUGCUCCUUACCUUGCUAGCGGUUAUUUCCACAUCAUUCCAGGAAGACGAAGCUACACGAGGAGCUUUGCACGAGGGAACUACUUCACUACAUCGGAAUCAAGGCGCCUUCAAACAUCCGCACAGAGACCAACAGUUCCAAAUCCAAGGCGUGGAUGUCAUUGAGAACAGAAGAAAAGCUCUAGUAUCGAGGACGAAGAGACAAUAUGGAGAGGAGCAACCGUCAUAUCAGGAAACAGCAACUCCAGCAUCGUACUAUGAGGCGCAGCCUCCAAGACGUCCGCCUUCAACACCAUCUCCAGCACAUCCACCACCACCAGCGCAACCUCCUAAGAAACAGGUGCAAGUUCCCCCUUCUAGACCUGUAGAGCAUCCAAAAAUUUCCGGGACAAAAACAGCCUCUCGUUACUACUACCCACCUCGUCAAAGACUUCCACUACCGAAAUGUUUCUACAAUCCGACGGGAUACGUUUGCUGCAAUGAGGAACUAAAUAACCUCAUGGUAAAAACAUUCAGCGAAAUGGAAGCUAGACCAAAAUUCCACACGUGCAACGUUCGAGCCCUUGCUAAUGUCAUGCAGGACCGCCUCCAAAAUCGCUUCAACGACACUUUCGAAACGAUUGUUGCCUAUGAUGAUUUUGCCCAGAAAGUCCACUUCCGUGGGGAUCUCAUAUGCAAGGUGGAGCUGGGUGGAAGAUACAUGCUCGCAUACGCUGCUGCUCGUAGUCUGCAAGAAAGCGAACUGCCACCGCUAGACGCGCUCAAUCAACUUGGACCUGUAGAUGAAACUCAUCAUAACCUGAACAAAAGAAGGACUAUUCGAAUCUGA